AUGAGCUCAAGAGACAGGGACACAAAGUCCCUUCAAGACAAAUUGAAAGUGUUCUUUAAAAAGGGAGGUACGGCGCCUAUGUCAACUCGAAAUGAGCUGACAAUAGGACCUGAACUGGAACGAGAGUUGAGCGCCGACACACCACAAAGCCGUCGACUGCGUGCCAUCAAAGAAGUUGGUGAAAAAGCCCUUCAAAUACGCAUACAAGAAGGUGGAGUGGAAAAAAUAUGGUCAUGCACCCGAGAUCUCUUAGAAGAUCCCAAUCCAGAGGCUCGUCACACUGUCCUAUGUCUUUUACGACGCAUCGCAGAAGGCCAGGAGGGACAUUUGUUGAUAAUGCGGACUAUACUGUUUCACUAUCUGCGCGACACACACGCCACGCACUCGCCGGAUGACACGCAACUACGAUUCAAACUGCUAUACACCCUGACCAACAGUGGCAAGAACAUCAACUGCUUUGAAGAACAGAUUGGAUCGUUCCUUUUGGAGUGGCUCCCUCAGAUCCAGCAGCCAUCUCAAAUUAUAGAGUUCCUGCAGCUGAUCAUCAAUGUUGUCAAAUUCAACGCCACCUACUUAGAUGAGGAGAUUGUACAUGGAAUUGUCAACAACGCAUGUUACCUGUGUGUGUACUCUGCUGACCCCGGAGUGGUUCAAUGUUGCCUCUCCUUACUGGAGGCUGUCGUGUCAUACUCUUUGUUGCCCCGUACCGCGCUCAGGACUUUCGUAGCGGCUUUGUGCCGCACUGUCAACAUUGAACAGUAUUGUCAAAACAGCUGGAAGCUAAUGCGGUACGUCGUGGGAGCGGACAUCGGGCACGCCGCUCUGCAAGAGAUGGUGGACAUUUUGCGUGCGGCGGGAGAGGAUGCGGAAGCUGAAGCGGCAGCGGGAGUGGACGCCGAAGCGGAUGCUGGGCUGCUUCGCGGUGCGGUCUUCUACAUCAACAUGGCGCUCUGGGGACCGCGGAGGGUACACACCCUCAAAGUCUCCUUCCUCGCUGUCCUACCAGCGUUCCUCAAGGCAAUAAGCGGGAAGCAGGCUGCACCCGUCGUGAUCUAUGAGGUGGUGGUGGCAUUGCAGAGCUUGGUCACCCGAUUGCCUCAUGAACUCUACGAACCAGCCUGGAAUGUUCUGCUGCGUAUCAUACAUGUUAUACUGGAACAUGACAAAUCAUUGGAUCCAGGCAACGAGCUGAUCCACUCGCGCGUGCACGCUCUCAUCUCGUCGCUGGAGGCGCUGCAGGAGUCUGGCCAGUACCGCGGCGACCCGGACGCACUGCUGGACCUGCUGGACUGCUGCGUGCACGACCGCCCGGUCAGUCACAUUACAUUGCAGUACCGCGGCGACUGCAGUAUCGGUCGCACUGCUGGACCUGCUGGACUGCUGCGUGCACGACCGCCCGGUCAGUCACAUUACAUUGCAGUACCGCGGCGACUGCAGUAUCGGACGCACUGCUGGACCUGCUGGACUGCUGCGUGCACGACCGCCCGGUCAGUCACAUUACAUUCCAGUAACGCGGCGACUGCAGUAUCGGACGCACUGCUGGACCUGCUGGACUCUGCGUGCACGACCGCCCGUAACGCGGCGACUGCAGUAUCGGACGCACUGCUGGACCUGCUGGACUGCUGCGUGCACGACCGCCCGGUCAGUCACAUUACAUUGCAGUACCGCGGCGACUGCGUAUCGGACGCACUGCUGGACCUGCUGGACUGCUGCGUGCACGACCGCCCGGUCAGUCACAUUACAUUGCAGUACCGCGGCGACUGCAGUAUCGGACGCACUGCUGGACCUGCUGGACUGCUGCGUGCACGACCGCCCGGUCAGUCACAUUACAUUCCAGUAACGCGGCGACUGCAGUAUCGGACGCACUGCUGGACCUGCUGGACUGCUGCGUGCACGACCGCCCGGUCAGUCACAUUACAUUGCAGUACCGCGGCGACUGCAGUAUCGGACGCACUGCUGGACCUGCUGGACUGCUGCGUGCACGACCGCCCGGUCAGUCACAUUACAUUGCAGUACCGCGGCGACUGCAGUAUCGGACGCACUGCUGGACCUGCUGGACUGCUGCGUGUACGACCGCCCGGUCAGUUACAUAACAUUGCAGUACCGCGGCGACUGCAGUAUCGGACGCACUGCUGGACCUGCUGGACUGCUGCGUGCACGACCGCCCGGUCAGUCACAUUACAUUGCAGUACCGCGGCGACUGCAGUAUCGGACGCACUGCUGGACCUGCUGGACUGCUGCGUGCACGACCGCCCGGUCAGUCACAUUACAUUGCAGUACCGCGGCGACUGCAGUAUCGGACGCACUGCUGGACCUGCUGGACUGCUGCGUGCACGACCGCCCGGUCAGUUACAUAACAUUGCAGUAACGCGGCGUCUGCAGUAUCGGACGCACUGCUGGACCUGCUGGACUGCUGCGUGCACGACCGCCCGGUCAGUCACAUUACAUUCCAGUACCGCGGCGACUGCAGUAUCGGACGCACUGCUGGACCUGCUGGACUGCUGCGUGCACGACCGCCCGUAUCGGACGCACUGCUGGACCUGCUGGACUGCUGCGUGCACGACCGCCCGGUCAGUCACAUUACAUUGCAGUACCGCGGCGACUGCAGUAUCGGACGCACUGCUGGACCUGCUGGACUGCUGCGUGCACGACCGCCCGGUCAGUCACAUUACAUUGCAGUACCGCGGCGACUGCAGUAUCGGACGCACUGCUGGACCUGCUGGACUGCUGCGUGCACGACCGCCCGGUCAGUUACAUAACAUUCCAGUACCGCGGCGACUGCAGUAUCGGACGCACUGCUGGACCUGCUGGACUGCUGCGUGCACGACCGCCCGGUCAGUCACAUUACAUUGCAGUAACGCGGCGACUGCAGUAUCGGACGCACUGCUGGACCUGCUGGACUGCUGCGUGCACGACCGCCCGAAACGUUGUGUGACGUGCGCGUGUUUGUGCGCAGGAGGCGUCCGCGCUGCGUUUGGUGUCGGCACGCGUGGGCGCCCUGAGCGGCGGGGGGCGGGGGGCGGGGUGGGCGCGGGCGCGGGCGCGGCGCUGCGGCUCGCCGAGCGCUACCUGCGGCGCGAUGCGCGGCUGCCCGUGCGUCUGCACGCCUUCGCCGCGCUGCUCGCGUACGUGCGCCGCAACAGGUGCGCUCACGGCGAGGAGCUGGCGGAGCGAGUGGGCGGCGCGAUAGCGAGCGCGUGCGCGCUGGACGCGGAGGCCACACUACGCGCCGCCGCGGCCCGCGCGCUCCCCGAGUUGGCGCGCCUCUGCUCGCCGGACGCCUGCACCGACUUCAUAGAUCUGCUGGAGAAGAUAUUAAACCGGCCCUUCGAAAUGUAUGUGACGGAUGUACCGAUCCCCGCGGACGCGGACACGAGUGACCUGCGACUUGCGGUGAGCGGGUUGCUGGAGUUACUCCACGACAAACUGCUGCGCUCCCCGGGCACUCACGCCACCAGAUGCUUGCUGGUGUUGAUUGACCACCUGGACAACCACUAUCGCCGACCUGCGCUGUUCAUGCAUCACCCUGAUAUUAGAAUAAAGAUCUUCGACAUGCUGUUCGGGCUGCGGGCGAACGCGUUCAACUGCGUGGGGUUCUGCUACGAGGGCGCGGGCGGGGCUGCGGGUGGGGGCGGGGGCGCGUCGCGCGCGCGGCCCGUGUGCUCGCCCUUCCUGCUGGUGGAGCCGCCCGCCGUGCGCGGCCAGACACCGCAGCCGCUGCAGCAGAAGGAUUUGCCGCCGGGCGCGUGCGUAUUCCCGGCCGGACGGGCGGCGCGCACGCUGGCUGGUGCACUGACACGCGAGGCGGAUUGGGCGGUGCUGGCGCACGUGCUGCGCGCGCUGCCUGCGCUGCUGCAGGCGCGCGCGCUCGUUGUCGGCCGCCGUGCGCACGACCUCGACCUGCUCGCCUCCACGCUCUGCGCCAUGGUUUCUGAAAGGAGUCCAUCAUUUCCGGAGAGCCUUCGUGUAAAUAGUGGCCAAAAACUACUGUUGUCAGAAUUCCAUGCGACGGUAUUGCCGGCAUUGGCUGCGUUAGCCUCGUACCACAACUUUUUAGAACCGCACACACAACAGCGAAUUAUUAGGUGUUUACUGCGAUACGGCAUGGUACUCCGUGCACCACAGCCUUACAUCAACGCAUUAACGAUCUUCACGCUGGAGACUCGAGAAACAAUGGUGAAGAUGUUGCCAGAAGUGUUGCUUGAUUUGUCCAAGAUAUCCGACACUCAAGCUAUUGCCAGUCCCAUGCUCGAGUUUUUGUCAACAUUAACUCGGCUGCCUCGCGUGUUUGCGUCUUUCGUUGAAGACCAAUACAUGUCGGUGUUUGCCAUCCUGCUUCCGUACACAAAUCCGUCACGCUAUAACCACUACGUUGUGUCGCUGGCGCACCACGUCAUCGCAGCCUGGUUCCUCAAGUGCCGCCUCUCUUACAGGAGAAACUUCGUUCGCUUUAUAAUUCACGGCCUGCACAACUAUAUAAUAAUGCCGUUCGAAGAGCAACUGCAGUAUAAGUCAAACCACUUUCAACAAACUUCCUCAGCCAAUGAGGAUUCAUCCAAUCGUCAACGUAGUUCCAGUCUGGGCUCGAAGGCAGUGUCGCGCGCGCCGCUGGCCGGUGCCCGCGCACUCAGCGCCUCGCCCGCCGCGCCCGCCGCCUUCCACGUGGAGCUCACCGAGACCUGCAUCGACCUGCUGGCGCGCUACACCUUCACACCGUGCGCCGUCAAGCCGCAGAGAGGUACGUGUGCCGUGCCGCCUCCACGGGGAGCUCGCCGAGACCUGCAUCGACCUGCUGGCGCGCUACAGCUUCACAUCGUGCGCCGUCAAGCCGCAGAGAUACGUGUGCCGUGUCGCCUCCACGGGGAGCUCACCGAGACCUGCAUCGACCUGCUGGCGCGCUACACCUUCACAUCGUGCGUCGUCAAGCCGCAGAGGUACGUGUGCCGUGCCGCCUCCACGAGGAGCUCACCGAGACCUGCAUCGACCUGCUUGGCGCGCUACAUCUUCACAUCGUGCGCCGUCAAGCCGCAGAGAUACGUGUGCCGUGCCGCCUCCACGGGGAGCUCACCGAGACCUGCAUCGACCUGCUGGCGCGCUACACCUUCACACCGUGCGCCGUCAAGCCGCAGAGGUACGUGUGUCAUGCCACCUCCACGGGGAGCUCACCGAGACCUGCAUCGACCUGCUGGCGCGCUACACCUUCACAUCGUGCGCCGUCAAGCCGCAGAGGUACGUGUGCCGUGCCACCUCCACGGGGAGCUCAGCGAGACCUGCAUCGACCUGCUGGCGCGCUACACCUUCACACCGUGCGCCGUCAAGCCGCAGAGGUACGUGUGUCAUGCCACCUCCACGGGGAGCUCAGCGAGACCUGCAUCGACCUGCUGGCGCGCUACACCUUCACAUCGUGCGCCGUCAAGCCGCAGAGGUACGUGUGCCGUGCCACCUCCACGGGGAGCUCAGCGAGACCUGCAUCGACCUGCUGGCGCGCUACACCUUCACACCGCGCGCCGUCAAGCCGCAGAGGUACGUGUGCCAUGCCACCUCCACGGGGAGCUCAGCGAGACCUGCAUCGACCUGCUGGCGCGCUACACCUUCACACCGUGCGCCGUCAAGCCGCAGAGGAGUGACAUGGCAGAAUUCCUGUUCAACGGUGGGCAAUCAACGACGUGGCUGGUUGGACACAAACUCAUCACCAUUACCACGUCGGGCUGCUUACAAAACUCCAUCAAGCAGGGUCUUUGUGAAAGGUGCGCGGUGCUGUGCCGACAGCACGCUGAAAGCAUGGCGCCCUUACAGCAACCGCAGGUGCAAACGAAUGACAACUCCGAUCACAGUCAAACGAACUCUUCAUCAAAUAACCAGCUACAAGUGAACAGUCACCCUCCUGAAGUGAAACGGCAAAACUCGUCCGAAAACAAGACGAACGAUCCAGUUGUGGAUGCACUGAACCAAUUGACGCAACGGUUCGACAACAUUUCCAAAGAAGUGGAGACAAGCGUGCGUGGCGAGGCGUACGGCGCGGGUGCUGGGGGCUCGUGCCCGUGCUGGUGCGGCGCCUGGGCCGAGCUGCACGUGCGCUCGCCCACCGGCGACGUGUCCUGGCUGCUGCGCCUGCAGAACCAGGCUUUAAACGAAAACGAAGAUGAAGCCCACUUCCACGUCAACGGACAUACGAAAGAUUUAGAUAUUAUAGCACCCGAAUGUCCGAUGCCUAUCUCGUUAUAUAUUAUAUCUCAUGUGACAGUCGUGUUCCGUUGUCAGAUGAGCUGGUCGCAGCUGCAGGAGUGGCCGCUGCAGGACGUGCUGGCGCUACUAGCGCCGCCUGAUGUCGCACACGACGUCAACCACCUGCUUAACGCCGUCGGCGAUGAUUCGGUGCGUGGGUGUGACGAGACCGCUGGUGAUCUCCACAAGUCCAGCUCGGACUCGGUGGUGGCGGGCGAGAAGAAGGCUCCGCAUGCCGCCUCGCACUGCAUCCUGCCGCACCCGCCGCACCAGCCGCCGCCGCAACGCAUGAGCACGCAGCCGAUCAACAUCCCGGGCUCGCCGCAGCGCCAGAGCUCUUCCAGCACCACCGACGACGACGACCUGCUGCUCGUCGUGCCCGAGGGCAAGUCGCGGCACCCGGUGCGGCGGUCCAACUCGUCGCCCGAGAUGUCGUCCUCGUGGAAGCUGACUGCGCGGGAGCAAGAGGACGAGAUAGCCGUAGACCCCGACGAGAUGAUACUGUUGCCCCGUUGCGAGCCCACCACGGCGGCGAUGACGUUACACGCUAAUAAGAAAGCGGCAAAGAAGAGUGACAUGCGAGUGUCCUGCGAAGCGAUCCCCGAAGAGAUCUCGGGCACCUCGCCGCUCACACAACUGCACCCGCAGACACACAUACAAACGCACACGCAAACUCACACGCAGACUCACGUGCCAACCAACGUGCAAGCAAACACACAGACACACUCUAAACCAAACCUGAUCGCGAACGCACACACUAACGCGAACGUGAACGCGCAUAUGACUUCGCAUCCCCACCUAAAAACGUUCAACUCUGAUCCAGGCGAAACCGACACGGCACCGACUGACUCGCAAAUUCACUUACACAAGACGGCGAGCGACAGCACUGUGAGUGAGGGUCGCGGCCGCAAGCCGCCGGCGGCUCCGCGGGCUAUUGGUGGCGCAGCGGCCGGUGCUGCCAGUGGUGCUGCUGCCGGUGCUGCUGCUGCCGGUGCUGUUACUGCUGGCGGUGCUGCUGCUGCUGGCGGCGCAGAGCUAGAGCGCGAAGAGCUUCCGCCGCUGUCGCGCUCCAAGCGCUCCAACACCAUCUCCGUCAUGAGCCCCACGCGCAGGCACCGGGAGGCGAACUGCCAGCGUUCUUCGGGAGGUGGGAUGGCACCAUCGUUCAUGUUCCUGCAGCUGUACCACAACAUGAGCACCUACCCCAUCUCUCCGCCUGUACCAGGGGAAGCUCCAACGAUGUUAAACCCUUUAACAGAACGACCACUCAAAGUGACUGGAGUCCAACACGAAAGAACGAUAAAGAAUUUAGACCUCGUGCCUCCACUAGAGACGUACAAGAUAGGGGUGCUUUACGUAGGUCCGGGUCAACAAGACAAUGAAGUUGCUAUACUCAAAAAUGAAUAUGGCAGUGUUAGGUACUCAGAGUUCCUGAGGCAGCUGGGCACGCUGGUCCCGCUGGACGGCGGCGACGAGCCCAACCUGUUCCUCAACCUGGAGAAGGGCGGCAAGGACGGCCAGUACACAUACGUCUGGAACGACGAUAUCAUGCAGGUUCAGUUCCACGUGGCGACCGCAAUGCCAUCCUCGCCCAAGGACCCGUCGUGCAACGAGAAGCGCAAGUACAUCGGCAACGACUACGUCUCCAUCGUCUACAACGACUCCGGAGCAGAUUUCAACAUACACACCAUUAAGGGUCAGCUGAACUUCUGCAUCGUGGUAGUGGAGCCGUUCGAGCACAGCAUGAACCGCGUGUUCGUGAAGAGCAAGGAGGAGCGCAUCGGCGGCACGUUCCUCGCGCACGUGGACGCGCACUGCGUGUCCGACCACAACGUGGCGCUGCUGGCGCGGCAGGUCGCCGUGCACUGUGCGCUGGCGUCGCUGAUCUCGCAGUCGCUGAAGCUGGGCGGCGCGCCGUACGCGUCCAACUCACUGGAGCGGCUGCGCCUCAUCAAGCGGCUGCGGCGGCGCGCCGAGGCCGAGCGCCUGGCCGCCGCCGCGCGCGCGCCCGCACCCUACGCCGCCGCGCCCGAGCGCCAGCGCCGCGUCGCCAUCGACGACUUCAACGACUACACGUAG